UAUAAAGAAUUUUAUCAGCAAAAUAAAUUUUUCUUUUUUCUAUUUUUCACUUAUAUCAUAUUCAAUAAAAAGAGCUAAAACUAGCUUCCAUAACGAUGAAUGAAAAGAAUCUUAUUUUUAUAUUUAUCCUCAUAUGGAAAUUUCCAUAUGGAUAUUUCCAUAAUCCUUAGAGUGUUGUAUUGUGAAAUGCAGAGUAGCCUCGAGUAUACAACGAGAAUUUUAAGUACGAAAAUUCGAUGAUAUAAGUACUGACGCAACUGCUCGAGAUACAGCAGUCUCUUUCUGACCGUUGAUACAUCAUCUCACAAGACAUCGUCAAAAUUCAUUCAGUAUGUUAAAAGAGCUCAUUGUGUUCGCAAAUCUAAUUUUGCUCAGUUAUGCUUGUUUGAUUACUAAUUGUCCUCGUGGUGGAAAGAGAGGCGACAUUGCACCUUUAGAAACUAUUGCUCGAGAAUGUCCCUCAUGUGGUCCUAAUCAUCUAGGUCAAUGCUUUGGACCACAUAUCUGCUGUGGCCCCAGUAUCGGCUGUUUUAUAGGGACACCGGAAACAUACCGGUGCAGAAAGGAAAGCUUAUACACCAGGCCUUGCAUUGCUGGAUAUGCAAUGUGUCGUGGAAAAACAGCAAGAUGCGCCACAAAUGGCAUUUGCUGCUCGCAAGAAUCCUGCCAUAUGGAUACAUCAUGCAGAAUUUCUAAUAUCGUUGACAACAACCGCAAAAUCGAUACUGAUCUGAAUAUGAUCAUUCCAGGCAAUGAAGUUUCUAGUGAAAUACUUCAAUAGUGUAAUUAAUUUCAUCGUUAUUGUAUCACUUUGAUGUAUCAACUUAUAAAAAAUACAACUAUAUGCCAUAUAACAAUGACACAAAUGCAAAAAUAAUAAA